CGAAAGGGAGGAGAGACUGUGACCAAGGCGCGCGCGUAAUAAAACGCAGGAGCUGAUUGAUUCCGAUUCACUCAGAAAAAAAGGGAAAAAACACAUAUAAGACCGUUUUUGUUUGCCUCUACGAUCCCUUGUUUUUCAUUCAUUUUAACUUUUUUUUUUUAACUGGGAGCACCUGCCCGGAGCAGACAGCGGUGCAGCCGGCUCCUCAGUGCCGGAUCAGGAGUUGGACGGUCCGGUGGCGCAGGAGAGAUCCGCUCCCCCGCGGACUCGUCAUGGGAUUCAGGAGUUUCACUGUUGCCGCUGUUCGCAUGUACACCUGAGGACCCACUGGAUUCACUACACCGGUUUUGACUUGAAAGAGACAACAGUGAAAUAAGACGCUUUGAUAUUAAACUUACGCCUCAACAAGAAACUUUGGUCGCUCCCGCGGAGUUGUGAUCGACGCUUUUUUACUUCAUUUUCACGCACGCAUUUUUUUUGGAUUGCGCGUUGCGGAGUUGUUGGCACGAUGGAUUCAACAGACAUCAUCUCCAAAGUGGCCGUUUUCAUCCUGUGUUGUUCAUCACUCACAAAUGGGCGACUGGAGAAAGAGCUCAUGCCGAAGAUCCUGCCCUCCAAGAAUCCCCUCGUUUUCCAUCAUGAUAACACAUUGAUCCUCACAUGCAGAGGUCACGGCCCGCUGCGCUGGACACUUGCCCGGCGAUCCAUUUCAUCGUCGGACGUGAAGGUGGAACAUUGUGACUCGAAACACCACUCGCACUGCAGCAAACUGACCGUCACGCAGCUGAGUGGCAGAGACACGGGGCCGUACAGCUGUGAUUACCCCAGAAAUGGUUCGGACCACGUCACCUCAACCUACAUCUAUGUCAAAGAUCCAGAGCAACCUUUCGUGGAGCCUCAUUAUCCAACACCGUACGGUCUGGCCAUCUACAGACAUCAGCCAAGCCUCAUAAUUCCAUGCCGGACGUCCUCUCCUGAUGCUGACGUGACGCUGAUCGCGCUCCCGCUUUUUCUAGAGAAGGUCGUAAAGGAAGUGGAAUGGGAUCCAAAGGUGGGGUUUAAGAUCCCCUACGGCCCGUAUACGAUGUACCACACGCUCACCUGUAGCACAGUGGUCAACGGUAGUGAGUUCAAGUCCAUGUACAUCCCAAGUAGAAGGACACUUGAACUGAAAAAUGUAAAGAUCACGCCAGAUCGUGCUAAGGUGUUGGUCGGAGACACUCUCGUCCUCAACUGUACCGGCGAGACGACGUACAAUGGAAGAAUCAACUUUAUGUGGGACUUUCCAAGGAAGAAAGAUAAUCGCCAUUAUACGCCCAAGACCAUAGAAAAACCUGCUAUUGCCUUUGGGAUGAGCAGGGGUUUAGUGUUGCCAAACGUUACUGUCGAGGAUAGGGGGAUGUAUCGCUGCACAGCAGAUCUUGAAGCCAUGGUGUACAGGAACGCCACAGUGAAAGUCAUUGUCUACGAGCAUCCGUUCCUUAACAUCUCCUACCGACAUGAGCGUCCCAGCAAGGUGAUUGUCAAAGAAGGAAGAAAGAGGCUUGUGUUCGAACCCAAGGUCAACGCUCUGCCUCCACCAGACUUGAUAUCAUGGUAUAAGGACGGCAUCCCUAUACAUAAGAAUUCCACCUGUUACUCCAUGUCUGAUUUCAACUUGGUCAUCACUGACGUACAGCACAAGGACACUGGAGUCUACACCGUACGACUGGGCAACCGAGCGAGGGGCCUGUACAAGAAUCUGACCUACACUCUGCUCGUCGAAGUAAAGCCAACUAUUUCAGAGGCGGAGCUUGCCACUGUGGACGUGCAGACCUACAUGUUUGGCAAGCAGCAUCAGCUAACCUGCACUGCUUACGGGUUUCCCCUGCCAGACAUCACUUGGCUCUGGCAGCCAUGUCAUUCAGACCCUAUGCUUACAAGUUGCAUGUCUGACACUGAGCAGAUCACGGAGGUCAGCACUGAUGACGAGGCAGAUGAGUCCCACAACUGGAUUAAGAGCAUAAGUGCCAAGCAUGUGCUGGUUAAAGGGAAAAACAAGACUAUGAGCACGCUGGUGAUUGGCGAGGCGAGUGUGUCGGGAAAGUAUUUCUGCGAGGCCAAGAAUGAGGAUGGCUCCAGCACCCUGAUGAUCCCCUUUUACGUGUAUAAUAACUCGGACGAAUUUACCAUCGAACCUCGAAGAGCAGUCGAGGGGUACGACAUCACUCUGACCUGUCGGGCGGCUCGAUACCUCUACACGGAGCUGCAGUGGAUGGAUUCCACCAACAAAACCAUCACCACCAACGUGUCCGACCUCCAGCUCACUCCCUUCUCCAUUUCUCUGUCUCUCCAUCUGCACAACGUGUCCAAAAACAGCGCCGCCGGCUACAAGUGCCGGGCACAGAAGCUUCAGGAGAGGGUGGAACUCAGGCCUGCAGCGCUGACUGUAGAUGCGAGAAAACGGCCCUGCCUGAGACAGAAUCUGACUAACCAGGAAGUGAACAGUAGCAGCACCCUGACGCUCGCUUGCUUAGCCCAGGGAGUUCCUCAUCCCCGCAUCAUGUGGUACAAGAAUGGAGUUCCAGUGGAGGAAGGUCCAGGAGUAACUCUCGAGGGCGGGCUCCUGACCAUCGAGAGGGUGAAGAAAGAUGACGAGGGUCUGUACGAGUGCAUAGCCAGCAACGAGGCGGGCACGGCGAUGUCGAGCGCUGUUGUUACUGUGAUGGGGGACAUGGGGAAGGCAAACAUCGAGGUUAUAAUCCUGGUGUGCACUGGAGCCGCAGCCACCUUCCUCUGGCUCAUGCUUAUCCUCUUCAUCCGCAAGCUAAGAAAGCAACCAGCGCACUAUAAGAUGGGUCCGUCCAUCAUCAUUGACCCUGACGAGUGUCCCCUGGACGAGCAGAAUGAUCUCCUUCAGUAUGACAGCAGCAAAUGGGAGUUUCCCCGCGAUCGUCUGCGACUAGGUAAAACUCUCGGCCAUGGUGCUUUUGGAAAAGUGGUGGAGGCGUCUGCCUUUGGCAUCGAUAAGCUCUCAACCUGCAAGACUGUUGCUGUGAAGAUGCUGAAAGGAGGAGCGACGUCCAACGAGCGGAAAGCUCUGAUGUCCGAGUUGAAAAUCCUGAUCCACAUUGGCCAUCACCUGAAUGUGGUCAAUCUGCUCGGAGCUUGCACGAAACCUGGAGGACCACUAAUGAUGAUCGUGGAGUUCUGCAAGUAUGGAAACUUGUCGUACUACUUGAGGAGCAAGCGGGAGGACUUUCUCGUCUACAAGAACCAGGACGAUAAGGUGGUGUCGUCGGUCUCGUCGUGUCAGCUGAGUGAGCUGAUGAAGCGUCGCCUGGAGAGCGUGGCCAGCACCGGAAGCUCGGCCAGCUCUGGGUUCAUCGAAGAUAAGAGCUACUGCGACUCAGAGGAAGAGGAAGAAGAAGCUGAGGAUUUAUAUAAGAAAGUCCUGACGUUGGAAGAUUUAAUUUGCUACAGCUUCCAAGUUGCAAAAGGCAUGGAGUUCUUGGCCUCACGCAAGUGCAUCCAUCGGGAUUUGGCUGCACGUAACAUACUGCUCUCGGAGAAUAACGUCGUGAAGAUCUGUGAUUUCGGACUCGCCAGAGACAUCUACAAAGACCCGGAUUAUGUGCGCAAAGGAGACGCUCGACUGCCGCUCAAGUGGAUGGCACCUGAGGCCAUUUUUGACAAGAUCUACACGACUCAGAGUGAUGUUUGGUCUUUCGGUGUCCUCAUGUGGGAGAUCUUCUCUCUGGGUGCUUCUCCGUACCCCGGCGUGCAAAUCGAUGAAGAAUUCUGCUGCCGGCUUAAAGAUGGGACGAGGAUGAGAGCCCCAGAAUAUUCCUCCUCUGAAAUAUACCAGACCAUGUUGGACUGUUGGCACGGCGAGCCGAAGGACCGACCCACGUUCAUUGAGCUGGUGGAAACACUAGGAGACCUGCUUCAGGCCAGCGUGCAGCAGGAGGGGAAGCACUACAUUCCCGUCAACACAGCCCUGUUGGCCAAAGUGGGAGACCCGUCCACAGCGCCGUCAGAGGAGACGUCCACGCGGCCCACCUCCCACUGUGACUCAGGGAGCAGCUGGAACAUUAAGGUUCGUCCUUGUAGUGUGAAAACGUUUGACGAGGUUACCAUGGAGGACGGGACAAAUGAGAACCAUGGGAGCGGCCAAUCAGACAGCGGGAUGGGCCUCUCGUCUGACAACAUGAAGACACUGAAGCGCCUUGAAUCGCUGGCAGGUCGACCUUUGAGCAUCAUGGCUCUAGCGAUGAAGGCGGUGAGUAAGAGUAAAGAGUCUGUGCUGUGUGACUCAGAGAAGGAGAAAUUCCAGCCCACAGUUCCCUCUCUGGACUUCAGCCUGGACGACUCGGCUCUGGACGACUCGGCCCUGGACGACAGCCUGGAGUGUCACAGCCCGCCGCCCGACUACAACUACGUGGUGCGCUACUCCACCCCACCUGUGUAACAUCCCGCUCGAGUGCUCAACAGCCCACUAGGCCUUUACUUUGUUCUCCUUUCAUUUUGGCUCUUUUCUCUGGGCUGUUUUGUGGCAGCGCUUCAGAGGAGAUUCCCUCUGAAAAUGGACGCCCUGAAACGGCUCAUGAAUCAAUCAACUCCUAACUUCUUUUUUUUUUUUUUACUAUUUUAUGCCACAAAAGAAAAACCUGUAGACUGUUGAUUCCCUCCCAGUUUUCAGAUGUAAUGCUGCUGGUCCAUUCCACACUCACUGUGAUAUGUCAAACAGCUGAAAACAGGCUCAGGUAUUUCUUUCAUCUACUGUGAACCACCCAUGACGAGUCCCAACUUUACCACAGAUCACGAAUAGUAUUAUAGUAUCAAGAAAUAUAAGCUUUUUAAUAUUGAUUUUUUAAUUAACAUUCCUAAAUAAUGUCUUAGUAGAGAUAAAGGGACGGUCCUUUGUAGUGAAUCUAAUGUUGUCCAUAGGAACACUGGCUUAUUUAGCAAAAAAAUCAGAUGAAACACAAAAUAGUAUUAAAAGGUACAGUGUGUAAAAUUUAAAAGUGAAGUUGAAUAUCCCGCACUUCAAGCCUGUGGUAUUCUUCCACGCACAAAUCGCGGACCCUGGUAUACUCGCUCGUCAGGCUCCUGUAGUAUCCCACUACGCCAUCAGGUGGUGGUACAAGUCUGGAUGCAGGGCAUAGGAUGCAUUCCUACCAAAGAAGAAGAAGAGAACAAUCUUACAGCUCCCUCAGGCGCGUCUGGUUCAAGCGGCUCACAGCUUAAAGGCCCGUCGGGGGUGGGGGAGUCGGGGUGUCAGCCGGUUCGAGGGUUGCCAGGUCAAGGCUCCUCGGAUGACUAUCCUUGGCGACUACUUCUUCUGUUGUCAAAAUGUUUUUUUCUGCUUAGUGAGCGGGGCUCAGUACUCCACCUACUGGUGGGGUUGAAGUUCAGUUCCACACGGACCCAACGCUCUCUUUGCGCGCAUUUCCAAAAUCUGAGCAGAUGAACAAUUUGCAUCGUGUGCGCGGCGCGUUGGGUCCGCACGCCAUGUGCACGGAAGUAUAGACAGUAAAUUUUGCAGUGGUAAAUCAACACUUAAAGAGUUAAAUUACCACAGUGUCUGAGUGUAUUCGGUCCUUAUCAGACUUGCUGUUAAAUUAACUCUUUCCUAGGCGGCAUUCUGCUCAAUCUGUUGUUGUAAUAAGUCUGAAAGUGUCAGUGAACUUUGACACUGCAUAUUUAACACUGCAAAAUUGACUGUGUACCACGGCCUUCAGCAUACAAACUCAGAAGAUGUUAAGUUUGUCAGGCUGUUGUACAAACAUGGUGGUCCAAAAUGUUUUGGAACAUUCUGGGGGUAAUAAAAUACAACAUUUCAUACAAUUGUUGUCAAUUUCAGCCAAAUUAAAAAUAGUUCCACCUAAAUUUUACAUCCUGGGCCUUUAAUUGUAGCUAUUAAAAAGUCAUUGCUCCUUUGUAAAAAUGUAUCAGCUCAUUCAAACUCAGGUCGAUCCAGAGUGACAGAGGAGGAGGAUCGCUCUGUCGUGUUUUUCUAAGCUCUCGAUGUAAAAUCACAGGUUACUGGAGGAAACAGGGUAAAGCUAAAGUAGGACCAGAUGGCUUGAGAUCUGACAUUACAGCUCGACCGUGAAAACAUUUAAAUGAAGACUUGUUACUUGUUUAUUCUGCCUCCUCCUGUCUUUAAUCUGAGGUUGAAACAUUGGUCAAAUUAAAAAAAAAAGAGAGAGGGAGAGAGAGAAGGAAGCCAGAUUUGUUGAUUUUCUUAUGUACAAAGUGAGUUAGAAACGUGAGAUUAGAACAUGAACUUAAUAGAAACUGUUUAUUCAGUAAAGCACUAGUAAUACAAACUGUGUAUUUAUUUAGAUUGUAAACACUGUGGCUUAGUGUUCAGUUAGUCUUCCUGAUAUCAGCAUGUAAUAUCCCUGGGUUUUAUUCCACACGCACACUCUCGUGCUGCUGGUGCUGCUGAAUCCACUGAUGGAGCAAAUCUGACUCUGAACAAACACAUGGGAGGAUUUUUUUUUUCUCUAUGCUCCAUCUUGUUGAUGAGUGUUUGUUUUUGAAAAGCUUGCGGGGCAGGCUACAAAAAAACUCUACACCUGUGUGAUGUUAGCACAGUCCGCUCUGCAGUUUAUCUGAGAUGCAGGAUGGGUUGUACGUGCUGUGGACCAAAACUCUUUUUCCAGCUCAUGUGUUACUGCGCACACACACACACACGCGUGGGCCCUAAAGCAGCAAAAAUAGCGUGUCAGUGAAUAAACUACAGUGUAAAGUGGAUAUUUUGAUGUUUUUAUUUGUCGACUGGUCUGUUUCGUUUGUGCGGAGAGGAUGUGAUUAUGCACUGAUACUUUAUAUCACGUAUAAUUUUUCUAUGCUAAAGGUAUAUUAUUGUGAAAACAGUGUUGAAGGUCACAUUUUAUCAAGUGUCAUGAUUUUAUGUUGCAUUUUUAUUUAACUGCAGUAUUUGUUGUAUCCUAACGUCAUCACGUUUGUCUCCUAUAAUCCUGUCUUAAAUUGCAAGCUUGGUUUUCUAACAUUUUACCGUAGCUAAUUGCUAUAACAGUAACAAUCAAAGAUAUGUAGCUUCAUGCAAAGAUACUGUCUCUCUUUGGAUUUGCUUUUCUUUAUUUGUCACCUUCACUAAUCCUUUCUGCAGCAGCUCAAACGUCCUCCUAAUAUUUCCUGUUUUUGUUCAUGUAGAGAAACGAGUUAGUUUUAAAUCAGAGUAUUGUUCCCCAACACUGUUAACUGAGCAUAUGGAAUAAAUAAAUAAAUGAAUAAAGAUCUAUAUAUUUAUACAUGA